AUGCCUAGAAAGUAUCAGCGGAAGGUUAAUGUUAAGGGAAGAGCCUUGUGGUCGGAAGAGGAUUUAGCAGCUGCUAUGAGGAAUGUUAAUAAUAGCGAAAUGGGUGUGAAUGAAGCCAGCAAAGCAUUUAACAUUCCAUCAAGAACAUUACGCAGACGAUUAAAAUCAGGAAAUUGCAAAAAACAAUCGUUAGGAAAGGGUCCGGCAUUGGGAUUUGAAAAUGAAAGGAGACUUGUGGCCCAUAUACAAAAACUAGAAAAGGCAGGAUUUGCCCCCAGUCGUUGGACAGUUCGUAAACUGGCAUAUGAGUUUGCAAAGAAACUGGGAGUAGAAAAUGCAUUUUCUAUAAAAGGAGAAGAAAAGGGCAUAGCAGGCCACCAUUGGCUGUAUUCUUUCUUAGAGAGGAAUACGGAUUUGAGUGUUAGACAAAGUGAGGGUUUAUCUCUAGCCCGUGCAAAGGGAAUGUGCCGUUCAGAAGUGAAUGCCUUUUUCGAUCUGUUAGAGAAAACAUUACUAGAGCACAAUUUAAUUAAUAGUGGCAAUAAAAUCUUUAACAUGGAUGAAAGUGGUAUCCAGUUAAACAAUAAGCCCGGAAAAGUGAUUGCAACCAAAGGAAGCAAGGAUGUCCAUGUACUUACGUCUGUGGAAAAAGGGGAGCACGUCACGCUAAUUGCGUGCAAUAACGGUGAAGGUGUUUUUAUGCCACCCGUUUUAAUUUUAAAAGGUACUAGGAAAAAUCCUGAUUUCAUGGAGGGCUUACCUACAGGAUCCGAAAUUUACAUGAAUAAAAAGAGCUCAUACAUCACUUCAGAAUUGUUUAUGAAAUGGUUGACGGAACAUUUCGUCCCUAGGAAGGGCGAAGGCAAGGUAGUGUUAAUUUUGGACGGGCACACCUCCCAUACGACUAAUCCGGAAAUGUUAAAUUAUGCAGAAGCAAAUGAUAUUAUCAUCAUAUGCUUACCGAGCCACAUCACUCAAGCUCUUCAACCUUUAGACAGGUCAUUCUUUAAACCCAUGAAAGAUUAUUUUAAAAAAGAAGCGGAUUCGUGGAUGCUUCAAAAUGAAAACAGAAAAAUUGACAGACGAAAUAUGGGUGCCCUGAUAGGGCGCGCGUGGAAAAAUGCGUCUACCCCUGCAAAUGGCAUGUCUGGAUUUGAGGCCACGGGUAUAUGCCCUUUCAAUAGAACUAGAAUUCCUGACCAUUUUUUCCAAAUAUCAGACUCUUCUUUGAACCAACAAGCCGAGACUCUUCAAAAUGGAAAUGCUGCAUCCCAAAAAGUGUCUGCAGAUUCCCCCCCUGCAGAAGAUUUAUACAUUACAGAACCUCACCAGGAGUCAGAAACUGUCAGUUAUGUAAAUGGUGAUACCUUACGUGAAAACCAUGAAAACCUUCCUGGAACAAGUAAGACAAAUACUGAUUCUUCAUACACUGUUGAUUUCGACAAUUUACCUCAAGACUUCUUUGAAAAUAAUGAAAAUUAUAUAAUUAUCAAUUCACAAAAUGAAGGUUCUUCUGAAUCGCAACCAACAAACGUAAAUUUAGAGAAACCAACUCCAUCCAAAUUUUUAAACGACUUGGCUCCUAUUCCAACCAUACCUUUAAAAGCUCCUAAAAGAAAACAAUCAGCCGCUGUACUUACAAAAUCUGCAAAAGGGCAGAAAGUCAAAAAUAAUAACACUAAAAAUUAA